AUGUUAAUGCAACAAGAAGACAGAACAAGAAGACAGAACAAGAAUACAGAACAAGAAUACAGAACAAGAAGACAGAACAAGAAGACAGAACAAGAAGACAGAACAAGAAGACAGAACAAAAAGACAGAACAAGAAGACAGAACAAGAAGACAGAACAAGAAGACAGAACAAGAAGACAGAACAAGAAGACAGAACAAGAAGACAGAACAAGAAGACAGAACAAGAAGACAGAACAAGAAGACAGAACAAGAAGACAGAACAAGAAGACAGAACAAGAAGACAGAACAAGAAGACAGAACAAGAAGACAGAACAAGAAGACAGAACAAGAAGACAGAACAAGAAGACAGAACAAGAAGACAGAACAAGAAGACAGACGACCGCUUUUUCAAAUUUUAUGA